AAUUUUCAUUGGUUGUUGACAAUCCCACAUGUUCCAUCUACGCGCAACUGGUACUGCGCAUAACAAUGGGAAGAGCUUGAAAAAGUGAAAAGUGAAAUCGGAACGACAUCGUUAAGGAAAUAUAAGCUACUGUGGCAAGAAUGAAAUGGUUUAUGACCUGGUUAUCUCCCAUGCUAGUUUUUCUUUGUUGCCAUGGUUACAACUGGAGCAGCCUAAAUCUUCCGGUCAGUCAUGUCCCAUACUUCUUUACCAACAAUCCGGAUAUUAGAGAUCUAUGCAAGCAAGAUGAGAAAUGUCCAUAUAAGACAGCCUUGAAGGAGAAGAGAUGUUGGGGUUAUGAAAGAGAAUGUGCCAUUGAAAACAGAUUGUCUUUGCCAGAAUGCCCGGGUGAUAGCAGAGGAUGGUCAUCUACAAAAGAGGAUCAGUUAGAUCAGUUCUGGAAAGGCGCUGACUUUGGUUAUGUACUAGAAAGAAGGAAAGAGAUGAAACAGUUCUGUGUUCCAAAAUCUCAGGACGAUUCCAGUUUGGAAUGUGCGAAGUACACAAGAUAUUGUCGUGCAAAAAAUAUUUAUUUAGAUUUUAGACGUGCAACAUUUACAGAUAAUGAAAAUUUUAAAGAGGAUUUUUUGUUGGAAGGUGAGAUUGGAGGCCAUUGUGAACUUCACAAGAACCUCCUGAAAGCUGAAGGAGAACAUAAAAGUCCUCUACAGUCUUGGUUUGCAGAAGUGGAACAUUUUUCAUCACUUCAGUUCAAACCAAUCAACAAUGAAAGCUGUGAUACUAUUUUAGAUAAACCAGUGAUGUUCAUGAAACUUGAUGCAGGCGUCAACAUGUUUCACCACUACUGUGAUUUUAUAAACUUCUAUGCAAGCCUUCAUAUAAACAAUUCAUUUUCUACAGAUAUAUACAUGAUCAACUGGGAUACUGAGAACAAAAUAAGGAUAACAAUUCUUGCAAGGAAUACCAAAUACCGGAACAUAAUGAACCAAGAUGAGCUUAUAUCAGCCUUGAACACUGUUGGGGAGUAUGAAGUGAGGUUGGUGGUCUAUAAAUUUAGAGAUAUGCCAUUCUUAGAACAGGUUAAGGUUUCUCAUAACAGCGAUGUGUUUAUUGGAAUGCAUGGUGCUGGUCUCACACACAUGUUGUAUCAGCCAGAUUGGGGAUCAGUUAUUGAGUUAUUUCAUUGUGGGGAUCCAAAUUGUUACUCUGACCUUGCCAGACUGCGUGGUUUGAAGUAUUUUACCUGGGAAAAGACGGAGAAACUGACUCAGGAAGACGAGGGUCAUCAUCCACAAUUAGGGGCACAUCAGAAAUUUACAAAUUAUGCGUUUGAUGUAGUAGAGUUCAUGAGACUUGUUACCAGUGCAGCAGAACAUGUGAAGUCCCAUCCAGAAUUUAUACAAGCUAGAAAGUUGAAGUAUACCUCAUCCAGCCAAUUUACAAAGGAUGAACUUUGAUGAUAAUUCUUUGUAGGAAUUUAAAUUUGACUGUUAAACAUUCUACUCAUGAUUGACAUCUGCAAAGAGUGUGGUGUUUAUUUAAAUGUGCCAUUCUAACUUUCAUAAGUGACUUUUUAGCUCACCUGAGCACGAAGUUUUCAUGGUCAGCUAUUUGUGACCACGCUGUGUCUGUCAUGCGUCCGUCGUCAAAAAUUUCUUUAAAGGACAUCAACUCCAAAACUGCAGAAUGGAUUUUGACCGAAGUUAUUCAAAUGGUUCAGCUUGGUUGCACAUAGGGGCCGCCAGAGUUAAAAAUAGAAAAAUCUUAAACAUCAUCUGAACCUUUGAUCCAAUUUUGAAAUAAUUUCACACAAAUUGUCCUUGCGUAACCUUCUACCAACAUUGUUCAAAUUAUUUCUAUUCGUCCAAAAAACGUGGCCGCCAGGGGUUGUGGUCACUCUUCCCUGUAUCUGUAUGAAACUGAUAGCAUAUUUUGACUGUCUACCGUAAUUGGUCAAAUUAUUGCCCUUGAUUUAAAAAUGGCCAUGCCCAUGUGCAUGACAAGUAUAUAAUAUAGGCUAAUAUAAAAGAAAAUUGGAAUAUCUUCUUCUUUGAGUCCAUAAUAGCUAGAUCCAUGAUAUUUAUAUAAUCGUAACCAUUAUGUUAUACAAACACACUUCCAGCCUUUUAAACAGGUGAAGGUUUUAGGGUCAGUGACCCUCUUGUUAACUGUACCACAGUUUGCAUGCAUUUUAUGCUGACUGGGCAGUAUAGUCUGUCUAUUCCAAUAGUUUACAUCAGCCUUAAACUGUAUUUUAUAUAUAAAAUAAAAGUAUUAAACUCUG